GCGCUGGUGGCGGAGGUCAGGGGCUGCGGGUGCGAGGUCUCCGAGGAGCUGCUCUGCUCCAUGAUCGCCAGCUGGGGCAGGCUGGGCCUCGCGCAGUACGCGCACGAGGUGUUCGUGCAAAUGCCGCGCCUCGGGCUGAGGCCCAGCACCGCGGUGUACAACGCCCUGAUCGCGGCGUCCGUGAGGGCUGGCGCCGUCGACACGGCGUACCUCAGGUUCCAGCAGAUGCCUGCGGACGGGUGCCAGCCGGACUGCUUCACCUACAACACACUCGUUCACGGGGUCUGUCGUAGUGGGAUCGUCGAUGAGGCGCUCCGGCUGGUGAGGCAGAUGGAGGGCGUCGGGAUCAAGCCGAAUGUGUUCACUUACACGAUGUUGGUUGAUGGGUUCUGCAAUGCUGGCAGGCCAGAGGACGCACUUCAUGUGUUCAAUACGAUGAAGGAUAAGGGUGUAUCACCGAACGAGGCCUCGUACAGGACUUUGGUUCAUGGUGCAUUCCGGUGCUUGGGGAGCCACAAGGCGUAUGAGAUGCUUAGUGAGUGGAUAGGACGUCAGCCUCCACUGCACCCAAGUGCGUGGCAUACUAUGCUGUAUUGCUUAUCAAAGAAUGGGAUGGCCAAAGAGGUAGUUGAGGUCGUGAAGAAGAUGAAAACUAGGGGUCUUCUCCUUGACAAUGCAAUGUUUGGCAUUGUGGUCUCUUGUGCUGUGAAGUGCCUGGAGUUGAGUGAUUUGUGUGAGUUGGUUGAUGAUUUCGUAAAGAAAGGCGGGAAUCCUGGAUUUCAUGUCUAUAUUAUGAUCAUCAAAUCCUUACUGGACUGCAGAAGUUCUUCAAAGGCAAACCACUAUUUAGAGCGCAUGGUUUUGGAUGGGCUCUUGUCUAGUGUGGCAUCUUAUAACAUGGUGAUAGAUUGCUUUGUCAAGGAAGGUGCAGUGGAUAGGGCAGUGGAGAUUAUAAAACAGAUGCGAGAGAAAGGUUUCCUUCCAAACCUUGUUACCUUUAAUAUACUGAUAAGUGGUUACUCAAAGUUAGGGGAUGUACAUAAUGCAAAGGCCGUUCUUAAGAUGCUUAUGGAACAUGGUUUCAUGCCAGAUAUCAUUACUUUUACCUCCCUCAUUGACGGGCUAUGCCAUGCCCAUCAAAUGGAUGAUGCGUUUGAUUGCUUCAGUGAGAUGGCAGAGUGGGGUGUUAGACCAAAUGCUCAUACUUACAAUGUACUAAUGCGUGCGCUUUGUUCAGUAGGGCAUGUUAACAAGGCCAUUGAUCUUCUUAAUAAAAUGAAAAUAGACGGCAUUACUCCCGAUGCAUAUUCCUUCAAUGCUCCCAUUUUGAGUUUUUGCAGAAUGAAGAAAGUAGAUAAAGCUCGUAGUAUUUUUAAUGCCAUGCUGAGAUUAGGUGUUGUUCCAGACGGUUACACAUGCAACAUCCUGAUUAAAGCUCUGUGUGAUGAAAGAAGAGUUGAUGAUGCCAAAGAAAUUCUAGCUGCAACAGAGUCUAGUUGCUGUACUGUGACCGAUCAUCAUCACUCAUACUGGCCAAUUGUUUCUGCACUUACUAAAAUGGGUCGAUUCAGUGAGGCAGGACAGUUGAUGAACAAAUGUCACAUCAGAAAUGUUCAGUUGGAUUGUGGUUCUAAUCGUACCAGAGAGCCUGCAAUGCAUGCCUGAGUUGUCAAUGUGUGAGUUGUGAUUUGGUAUCUAGGUGCUAUUUGGUACAUGAAUGAUGCCCUCCUCCUGCAAUGAAGGCUCACAACAGGCUCAUCUUUGCUAAGAUGAAUCACUUGGAACUUCUCGGCACCCAUUGCUUUGUAUUGCAUUUCAGGAAUGAUAUGGAUUUGCACAUUUGCAUCUGAAAAUCUUUGCAGAAGAAGUCAGUAUGUUUCUUCUAGCUCUUUGCAUGUUUCGGUGAAUUCUCUACUUAAAGGGAUGAACUUCAUGCAAAAAUUUAUAGCUGCUUUUAAUUUGCGAAUACUGGAGAGGAAAGGCGCAAGCUAACAAAAAGUGAAUUUCAUGUACUUCUAGGACUAGUUUCAUUUUAUUUUGGGUUGUAUAUGAAAAUUGAAGUAAAGAGGAUUAGGAAAUUUAGUUUGAAACAAAGGGUAGUCAGAAAUUUCUAGUAGUCCUCAGUAAGCAUGUAACAUCGGGUGCAAGAUUCCUAUAGUUCUAUGUACUUUUAGAGUCUUAAAGCUGCUCACACACAAAUUUGACCGUGGAGACGGUGAUGCUUUCUGUAUUGAAUUUGGAUGGCAGAAGUAUCCCAAGAAGUGCAGUCUGUAGCUUAAUAUUAUGUGUGCUGCGAAAAGUUAUGUGUGCCUUGGCAUAUUAAGAAGCGACCUUGGAGUGGUAAUAAAAGAUGCAACACAGCAAUGUUCAAUGUAGCUGCACUAAUUUGUCUCACCUUCUCAUUGAAGAUGAAGACUUUAUUAAAAAAUUCUCAUUUAUCUCAUUGUUUUCUUGCAAGGCUGCUGAUUUCCAAAAGGAUUCUUAUGCUUGUGUGCAAAUGCUGUUCUUUUGGGAAACAAACAUUCCACAUCAUGCAAACUCGAUGCUGUGGAGGAUAAUUGCUUCCAAAUCCUCCUUGAGUAUCUGGUGUUUCAGACUGCACCCCAACAGCGCUCCAUGAUGACUAUGUCUACCGGUCAUGGGGGAGUUUCUUAUGUGAAUUCUCAUCGCUGCUCACUUCUGUUCAACCUGACGGGGGCUAGCUUCUGUUCUUAUUCAUGACCUGUUCAUGGUGAGGAGGUGCGUUAUUCUGGUCUUGAGGCUACUUAGAGCGUUGAACUGACACCUGGAGAUGAAUAACGCCGAUUCACAUAUGUGGCCUCCUGUACCCAGUUGUUACAGCUGUAUAUACACCAAUUGUUGCAGUUGUAUAUACAGUUGCUGAUAGAAUUGAUUCUAGAAACUACAUUCGUUACUUCAGACCAGGAUGCAUAUAUAAAGCUUAAUUGUUCAGACGUCUCC